GACAUCCUGGAGAAUGACAGCAUCACCUUGGACUGGAUGUUCCGCUAUUCGCUCACCAACGACAUCGUCAAGGGGAUGCUUUUCCUGCACCACAGCGUGAUCGCCUACCACGGCAACCUGAAGUCCUCCAACUGCGUGGUCGACAGCCGUUUCGUGCUGAAGAUCACCGAUUACGGGCUGGAGAGCUUCCACCAGGCACCCGAGAUGGAUGACUCACACGCCCUGUUUGCCAAGAAACUCUGGACGGCUCCCGAGCUCUUGCGGUUGGGCCCCAGCAACUGUCCGGGAACUCAAAAAGGAGACGUCUACAGCUUUGGCAUCAUUUUGCAAGAAAUUGCCCUGCGCAACAGCGUCUUCUAUGUGGAAGGGGUGGAUCUGAGUCCCAAAGAGAUUAUCAAGCGUGUCAUGAGCGGGGAACAGCCUCCCUUCCGCCCCUCGACGAAUCUGCCUUCCAAUUUGGAGGAGGUGGUCCAUCUGAUGCAGAGGUGCUGGGCUGAGGACCUGCAAGAGCGCCCCGAUUUUCAACACAUCAAAGGAAUGCUGCGGAAGUUCAACAGGGAAAGCAGCUCUAACCUCUUGGAUACGCUGCUGUCGCGGAUGGAGCAGUACGCCAACAAUUUGGAAGAGCUGGUGGAGGAACGGACCCAGGCCUACCUGGAGGAGAAGCGCAAAGCGGAGGCCCUCCUGUACCAGAUCUUACCCCACUCGGUGGCCGAGCAGCUGAAACGGGGGGAGACGGUGCAGGCCGAGGCCUUCGACAGCGUCACCAUCUACUUCAGCGACAUCGUGGGGUUCACAGCCCUGUCGGCCGAGAGUACGCCCAUGCAGGUGGUGGCUUUGCUGAAUGACUUGUACACCUGUUUCGAUGCAAUCAUUGAUAACUUUGAUGUCUACAAGGUCCAGUCUGCGCAGGAGUUGUGGGCUUGAAGAUGCCUCGUUACUGUCUCUUUGGAGACACGGUGAACACGGCUUCGCGCAUGGAAUCCAACGGUGAAGCUUUGAAGAUCCACUUAUCGUCGGCCACCAAAACGAUCCUCGAGGAGUUUGGAUGCUUCGAACUGGACCUCCGAGGAGACAUCGAGAUGAAGGGCAAGGGUAAACUCCGGACGUAUUGGUUGACGGGCGAGCGGGUCAGCAGCACCCGUGGGUGAUGAGAAGAUGGAGAAGACCACUUAACUCCUGCUUCCUUCAAGGAGAUCCACCUCACCCGAGACUUUCUUCAAAGAACCUAUUGGCUUGGAGUUGAGGGCACCAUGGAUGGACCUCAGAGGACUAUCCUUGCUCCCCUGCCCCCCACUUCCUUUCGCUUCUUCAUCACCCUGCAAAUCUGGUCCCCAGGUCCAAAGGUUGGGUAGAUCAGGAGAUGAUCAAGAGACGACCAGGAAAGAGGCCUUCUCCUCUCCUUGUACGAUGAGAAGUUCUGGAGAAGUUGACUAAAGCUCCAUCACUUUUACGGGCCACCUUCUCAUCUUUUCUAGGAAUGUUGGAUAAUCGGAACGUCUGUGGUCGACUCAGAGUCGUAAUUAAGGGAGGCCCGGACGCUACACAACUCUUGUGACAGUUAUCUGUGUGUACACACAGACACACACACCUGCAGGUUCCCGGAAUCUGCAGAUUUUACAAUAAACGGAAUGUAUAUAAGUCAA